AUGUCUUCUGCAGCAAUUCUUGUUUUCCUUUUCUUCACUUUCACUUUCACAUACCUUUUAUUCAAGCUUUUCUUGCAACCAAAACCAAAAAUCAAGAGGCCACCAGGUCCAUCACCGCUACCGAUAAUCGGUAACCUCCACCACAUACUAUGCGCACUUCCACAUCGAAAGCUUCAUACACUUUCCCAAAAAUAUGGUCCAAUCAUGUGCUUACAGCUUGGUCAAGUCCCAACUGUUAUCAUUGCAUCUUCAAAAGCUGCAGAAUCAUUCCUCAAAACACAUGACUUGGUUUUCGCGAGUAGGCCGAAGAUUCAAGCGUCUGAGAUCUUCUCGUACGGUUCUAGAGGGUUGGCUUUUUCGGCUUAUGGUCCUUAUUGGCGUAGUGUGAGGAAACUUUGCACUUUGAAGCUUCUUAGUGCUUCUAAAGUUGAGAUGUUUGCUCCUGUUAGGAAAGAGGAGUUGGGUGUUUUGGUUGAAUCAUUGAAGAAAGAUGCUUUGGUGGGAAAGGUUGUGAAUGUUAGUGAGAUUUUGGAGAAUCUUGUAGAGAAUAUUGUGUAUAAGAUGGUGUUGGGUAGGUGUCACUAUGAGCAAUUUGAUGUGAAGGAGUUGAUUCAACAAGGAAUGGCUUUGCUUGGAGCUUUUAAUUUGGCUGAUUUUGUUCCUUGGUUGGGCGUAUUCGAUCUUCAGGGAUUAACACGAAAAUGCAAGAAAAUCAGUAAAGCAAUGGAUGAGGUACUUGAGAUGAUAAUAACCGAGCACGAACAAAAUCCUAUUGUAGACCAAAAUACAAAUGAAGACUUUGUUGAUAUCCUUCUUUCGACUAUCCAUGAAGACAUUGAUCACGAGGCUGAAGAAAAUCGUGUGAGCGAUAGAACUUACAUCAAGGCUAUUUUACUCGACAUGAUAGUGGCAGCAUCUGAUACAUCUGCUACAUCGUCUCAAUGGGCUAUGUCCGAACUAUUAAGGCAUCCAAGAGUGAUGAAAAAACUUCAAAAUCAGAUACAAAAUGAAGUAGGAAAUGAUAGAAUGGUUGAAGAGAAGGAUGUGAAGAAGUUUACUUACUUAGAUAUGGUGAUUGAUGAAAUGUUAAGAGUUCAUCCAGUUGCGCCCUUAUUAGUCCCCCGUGAAUCUAGAGAGAGCAUCACAAUUGAUGGUUACUUCAUAGAGAAAAAAACACGAGUUAUGGUAAAUGCAUGGUCAAUAUCGAGAGAUCCUACUAAUUGGUCAAAUCCUGAAGAAUUUUAUCCCGAGAGAUUUGUUGACAAAAAAUUGAACUAUCAGGGACAAGAGUUCGAGUCUAUACCAUUUGGUUCUGGUCGUAGGGGUUGCGCUGGGAUGAACAUGGGUUUAACUACUGUUAAGUUAAUUAUAUCUCAAUUAGUACAUUGUUUUGAUUGGGAACUUCCAAAGAAUGUUACCCCUUCCAAUUUGAACAUGGAAGAGAAAUUUGGACUCACAGUAACAAGAGCUCAACCUCUGCGCGCAAUACCACGCUAUCGUUUAGGUGACGCCAAACAUGAACAAGCCUAA